UUAGCGCAUUUUAAAGAUUUUUCUUUUUUAGGAGAGCGAGAAGGGGGAUGUAAGCACACAAGGCGUGUGCCACGCAUGAUGAACACGCAAAUAGGGGGAGGGUGCAGAUAAUGGGGGUGGGGGAGUUGAUCCCCGAGGCGCAAGUUGUUAGUUAAAACAAAACGAAUAGCAUCAACAAAAACAUUUCAUAUAUAGGAUUAUAAUAGUUAGAAUUAAGUUUGAGAAAUUAUUAUUAAAUAGCUGAACUUUCUUAUUAGGAUAUCUGCAGAAGAGAGCUGGAUAACUGUCACGCUGUCAACUAGUAAACAAUCAGCAUCAUUCAUCAUUAGAUUUCCAUUAUUUUACUUCAAAUACUUGUAUGUAGCUAACACUACUGUGAAAAAAUAGGUUGAGGAAAAUAGGCAAAUAUUUUUAUACGUACGUGCUAAAAACCAUGUGCGUGUAUGUGUAUGUGUGUGUGCGUGUGUGUGUGUGGAGAGAUAUGUUCUACUCUUUGUCACAUCGGAAGUAAUGUUGACAUAACAAUAUUCAACAAUUCAACAGAACUAGAUCGGGACACAAUGGGAUAGUAAACAAAUACUUGAAAUUGGCAUAGUUGGAAGGCGGUCUUCUGCAACCUUGGAAACGAUGCCUGCAAUUAGGCGUUUAAAAGUAUUGAUAAGAUCACAUUCGAAUAUAUAGGUCAUAAUCUUCAUAAUCCUCAUUAGAGUUGAUGAGAGCAGAAUAUACAGUGGUCGAGUCAACGAGAGUCGUAAUAUACCCUUUCAAAAAUGAAUCAUAACAGCUGAUGAUCAUCAUCGUCGUACAUCUGUUGCUAAUAAAAUCAUAUUCGUGGACAUCAUAAAGGAAGCGAUAUCUGAGGGGAAAGGUAAAUAACGAUCGCUGAGCUAUUGUAUCGUGAGCAAAACUUUGUGUUGGUUUAGGAAUAACAAUCGACUAGGCGCGGUCGCCUUGGUUACAUCAUGGCCGGUCGCCUGCAAAAGUCAACCAAGGCUGACAAAUUUCGCUUCUUGAACAUAGGUCUCGAGAAGAAAUACGCUUCUCAAAUUGACGACCUCGACCGGAAGCAGAUGCUUGCACUGGGUCAGAUUUUUCGGGAGACAAGGAAGAUCGAAAUUGAACUUCAGCAGCAGCGAAAUGCGAGGUUGACAGAGCCGAUUCCGGUCCAUCUACGCGGGGAAGGGAGGAGAUUAGGCGGGUCGACAUUGACGAAUAUUUGGAGGGACUCGGCAUCACCAGGAGCGGAUAGUCAUCUGGGCAUGCGCAGAAGCGCGAGUGCAGGCGAUUUGCAAGGCAUGUCGCCUGGGAAUAUUCGCGCGCGUGGUCAGAUACCCACUGAAAAUCUUUCGAGACACUUUCCUAAUACAGCAUCAUCUAAAAGGAAAGUGCGUUUUGAGGAUGAUCCGGAGAAAACAGCGAAAGAGGAACCGAUAAAACAGUCGUCAGUUGCCACGAUAUCACCGGGAGAACGAACAGGAAAUGUCGCCUUUUCUGCCGAGCGCAUUUUCGACUCCACACGAGCAUUGACCGUCUACAGGCGACUACAGAGGAAAGUCCAGGAGUCCCUGGAACACGGAAACAAUUCGAAGAACCCCGAAGCAGCAGUCGAAUCCACAAUGAAGCUUAUGAAGCGCAGACAGCAGCGAAAAAUGCGUGAGGAGCAAGCCGAGGCAGCAAAGAAGGGCGGGAAAAAGUUUUCGUCAUCGUCUGGACCCGAGUUGCGAGCACGAGAAAAGGUGACCGACUCGUUGACGAAAACUGGGUGUGCACAAGGAUGGCGAACUCCCCGACGAGAGAAAGACGGCGUUCGUUCUACGAACAAAGAGGCUUAUCGCUUACCAUCAUUUACAUUUGAUGACGAAUCAGUUCAUGUAAAUAGAAGUGUAGCUAGUGGCUCAAAUAAGUUGGAAGGUCGGAAGUUGAUGGAGAGGGAAACUAAACUCUACCUUGGUAAGAUUCAGCAGACAGCUGAGAAUAAACGGGUGACGAGAAAGAUCGAUGAUUACUUCGCUAAAUACUAAUCUGGCAUAAGUCUAGGCUAUAUGAUUUCAAAUCAGAUUAGUUCACUAAACGGGCAAGUAGAAUGUAGGCUACUUAAACCAACUGAUAUUAAUGACGUGAUAAAAACUCAGAAGACUGAAUAUAGGAUUCUUCUUAAACCAUCGGUUCUGUUGAUCUUUGAGAGCCAGACUGAGGGUCACGGUUUUAGCUGAACGCAGA